AUGGAGAAAAAAGAAGGAAGAUGCAAAAAUGGCGAAGGUCAUGAGAAGGAAGAGGACGGAGACGUGGUGGAACCCAUACAAUUUGUAGAUGUGAACUCAAGGAAUAUCUUCGACCUGGACAUUACACAGUUAGAUAUAAAAAAAGUGAAUAACCAUAUGAAGUUAAGUGACAUAAGUCAACUAUACUACUACCUGAACAAGAACUCCUUCUGCUAUACAUCGGAGGAGAGGCCAUACAUUUCAAACAUGUUGCAGUUGAAACCUUUUUUUUCCUCCAAUGAGGUUGAAAAUUAUGAAGUUCUUGAACAACUGAAGCAACAUGAUGCGAGGGAGAAUUCGGGGAUGCGGAGAUUUAAUCUGAGUCGGGUUGUGGCGCGCAACAAACUGGAGGAGAAAGAAAUGAUGGAAGGGUCAGGGGGGAAGAGGGACUCGCACAAGGUGGAAGCCACGUGGAAUGAGUACACCACCGUUACGCAGGUGGGCAGAGGCUAUGAUGACAGUGAAGCUGAUGUACAAACUGAUGUACAAACCGAUGUGCACACCGAUGUGGGGGAUGAGUGGGAGGGUGAUCGUGAUAGUGACAAUGGCGGUCCUCUCUCCAGGGCAAGACAGAAUGGGAAGAAUAACAACACGAACAAGCACCAUGCCCCAGAAGAAGCGUGGCACAAAUCCGUGUCUUCCACAAAUUCGUGUCACUCAUCUGAGUCGAUUUCCUCAAGCAGUUCGUAUUCGUUUUGUUCGUCCACCUCAUCAUCGUCCGUCUCGUCGUCUUCCUCGUCCCUCUCUGCAUUCUCGCCGAACAGAACAGAUAGAAAGGGAAAAAAAGGAGCCCCCAUGAGCAAUUUAAAAAUUCUCGAUGUAAUUAAAAAGUACAAUGAAAAUUUAGAAAAACUAAAAACAAAAAAGAGGAGAAAAAUUAAAAGUCGCAUUGGAAAGCUAAAAAAAUAUGAUACAGUUAGCAUCCAAGGGCAUAACAAUAAGAUGGUCAUGUCUCAGAUAUAUAAGUUUGUGAAAAAGAGGAACAACAUCAGUAUUAUAGGCCAAUUAAUAUAUAGCAAUAGUGACUGCAAGAAAUUUCUAUACAAGAACAUUGAUUGCCAUAUGAACAGGUGGAAUGUGCUACCCUGCUUGGGGUACCUCAACGAUAUUAGCGAACAAGAGAUCCUUCACAGGAUCCAGGUUUAUAAUAUCUACGAGUUCAUUUACCUCUUUGAUGAAUUUCCCUUGUGUUGUCACCAUAAUAGGAGGUUAAGGGUGGAUCAAUUUACCGAAAAAGGUAGCUUUGGAGAAGGGGCAAUUGAGGAAGUCACACCAUCAGAGCCAAAUGACAGCGGUGCGUGUGAGUACGACGACGAAAUUGUGUUCAACUUAGUGCAAAGAGAGAAGAAGAAUCGAAACGAUCAAGGUAGCUGUAAAUUUAGAGUAUUUUACUAUAACCAAUUUUUUUGUAAAAACGGAGAGUUGGUUCCUGAGUUACCCCCCAAUUGCAUAAGUAUAAACAGGAGCACUGGAGAAAAUCUCCAUUUUUAUUUAAAUUCAAACGUGUAUACAAGAAUAAGAGAUACCUACAAUGUGUUCUAUGAUCCAAACAAUACCUACGUGUUGACACACAAAAGUUUUGAGUACCUAUACUUCUUCUGUUUUAACUGCAAUACCUAUUAUGACAUAAACAUAGUUCUCUCGAACCUUCUAUAUAGCCAUAUGAAUGGCUUGAAGACUUCCGAUCCACCUUGGGAUUUCAUAAAAAUGUACCCCUUUAUCCUAAAGUACAAAAAAACAUAUGAUGUAAGGAUCAAAAGACAAAGGGUAAAGCAAACGGAUAUUUAUUUUAUUUGCGUCAAUUGUAUUUUUAAUAAUGUGUACCAUGUUAUGGAACACCUCUCCUUUUUUUUUUACUUUUGUGAUAUUGUAAAUUCGCGUAAUCAUAAUUUUUUAAUAUAUAAUGAGUGCAUGAAAAAUAUUUUCAAUGUUGAUCUUCCGUUUUUCUCCCUGUACAAUGUCCCCGAAGAGAAGGCGCUAUUAAAUGCUCAGAAAAAAAAAAUGCCAAUUGUUCUUGACAAGGGCAAAAAUUUGCCUGCACAUAAAGGGAAUAAGAAAAAAAAAAACUCCCUUGCUUGUGUAAACGUGAAACGGAAGAGCAACAGAAACGGGGAUAUGUUCUCCACCGAGCAUGGGGGCAAGGUUAAAAUUGGCACCGCUGUUGACAGUAGCAAAACCACCUGCAGUAAAAAUUCGAUUGGAAGUAGUAAAACCACUGACUGUGAGAGCUCCGCACUUGGAGCGCAGGGACUUGUGGCUCCCACGCCCUACUUGCCCCAAACGCGUGAUCGUCACGGCGAAGUGGCCAAAGGUGGACUCCAAGAGGGGAAGUGGAGUUCGCGCGCGGCCAUGGUUAACGAGGAAAAAGAGGAAAAGAAGCAACUCGCGGGGAAAACGAGCAAAAUGGAAGAAGCCAACCUGGCGGGGAAAACGAGCAAAAUGGAAGAAGCCAACCUGGCGGGGAAAACGAGCAAAAUGGAAGAAGCCAACCUGGCGGGGAAAACGAGCAAAAUGGAAGUAGCCAACCUCGCGGACAAUGCAAACGAAGUGGAAAAUCAAAACCAUCCCGCAGAAGAAAGUCGUGUGAAAGGCGAGGUGUCCCUUGCGCAAGGCUGGGUGCAGGAAACUUUCCAGGAAGAAAAGCAAAGUAACAAAAGACGCAGUGACAGGAAGAGGAAGAAAAAAAAGGAAGACGAUGAUGAACUGUUUGAUGAGGGAUGCUUGACAAACGAAAUCGAAGAGGAUGAUACUUUUGAAGAUUAUUUGGAUGGGCAGACGGAUGAAGAUAUUGUGGAGGAGAACCAAAUUUUGAUUGAAGAGGUGUAUAGCGGGGAUUCAGAUUUUUGCAACGACGAGCAGUUGUCAGGGCGGAAGAGAAGGAAGAAGACUGGAAAGAAAGUGAAGCUACCCAAGAGGGAAAGCGUUAAGGGGAAGAAGAGCGCCACAAGAGAGAAAGCAAUCCCUUCAGCAGGGGCUACUCAUUCCCUGGAGAAUGUCCCAGGCGUUGGGAACUCCGUGCCCGAAGAGAAGAAGAAGGAAGAAGAAGAUUACAAAAGACCUGUGGACGACGUGAAUCGAACAUGCAACGAAGGAAACCUAGCGAACAGAAGCAUAAGUAAGUAUAAAAAGGUGAUAGAUAAAAUAAAACAUGCCCUUGACAAGGAAGAUACAAGUGGAGCAGAUGUAGGGGGAGAGAAAGCGAUAGACACUAAGGAACUGAGUGAAAGAAUCGUAAAAGAAGUUAUAGAAAAGUUCAACGACAAAAUGGAAAUAAAGAUGAAGUUAUUUUCCAUCUGUUCCAACCUCAUGCGGAAGGACAACGCUGAAUUGAGAAAAAAAAUUCUCCAUGGGACAAUACAUGCCACUGAUCUAGCACAUAUGGACUCAUCUGACCUAGCUCCCAUCAGUUUGAAGAACAAGAGGAAGGAGCACGAGAGGAAAUACUUUUAUGAAAACAUUUACCUCCGUGCCAAUUUCCUCGAUUUGAAAAAUAAUAAAAAUGUGGAAGAGGAGGUUUUUCAUCACCCAAGUGUCAUUUUGGAGGAACAACAACAGGCGCAACAACAGAUGCAACAACAGAUGCAACAACAGAUUCAACAACAGGUGCAAUACGGGAAGAAUCACCAGGGGGAUUCUCUUCUUGGAGGGAAUAGUGGAGGGAAUAUCGUGAAUGAUGAAGGAUUCAUUCAUCCCCGUGAUGGAAAAAGGGGGUCGUCUUCCAAUCAGAGCGAGGACUUGGAUCCGUUAAAGCAUGGGGAUAGCAAUGGAGAGGAGAAAAAUGGCAUCCCCUCAAGUAACAGUAAUGGAAACUUGGGCGACUUCAAAUUAAGGAGAAAAACAUCCUCAGGAAAUGAAGACCAGGACAUGAACCUCUGUGUGAUGAUACCUCCCAUGGAGAAGUAUUCCUUUGAAUUCACCUACCAGAAUUUGAAGGGGAUGUACGAACACAUGCCCAAGUAUGCUUCAUCCCCCAUCCUGACAUUCCUGGAUAACUCCUACAAACGGAUCGUUGCCAUCAUGGAGGCGAGCAGGAAUGAGCAGCUUUGA